UGCUUUUCCUAGUCGCCACCAGUUGUGGCCAGCUAUGACAGCGGUCGCGUAAGAAUCAAAGGCGGCGCCUUUCGUGACAUUCGGUAUAGUGACGUCGUAGGGUGUACCGUUGCCCUGUUGCGAUUACGUGUUUGAAAUUUGACAAGAAGCGAGGAGGGAAACCGAGGGACCUCGGGGCGGCGUCCGCAUCAUCCUCGCGGGACACGAUUUCCUUUCGCUGCGCACUCGAUGGACUAUUUGAAAAUGGCGCGGGUAACGAGGGCCGUGGCCCCUGCGUUUGGCGUCGUUUUGUGAUACUGUAAUAGAAUUAUCCCUCGUUCUUCUCUCGUUGGCGCGAGAGAGAGAGAGAGAGGGAGAGAAGGGGGAGGAAAGUUGUUUACGUGUGCUCGCUCGGUGCGAGGAGUGCGAGUAACAGUUGUGGCGUGCUCGUUUUCUCUAUUUGGCUUAGUUUCGAGGAACAAGAAUCUCGGUCGCGCGGAGAACCAAGCCCUAAUCCCUCUCCUUCCGCUUCUCUAUAUCGGUCGUCCGUGUCAUUGUUCGCCGCGCGUGCUGCGCCGCGCUUCUUCGCAUCGGUGCGUCUUUUAGAGAGACUGCGAUCGCGUCCUACAGAUAUAAAGUCAGAUAUAAAAUAGAACGAAAAUGCCGGAAGAACAAAAAGUUGUUGCUGGUGCUCCGACGGAAGCAAUGGCGGAAAAUGGAACUGGUACAAACUCGCCCACCAAAAGUCCGGUCAGCAAAGGAAAAAUGGCUCUCGCCAAAGUCACCCUUCUAGAUGGUACCGUACGGGAUUAUUACAUCGACAGAAAGGCGAGAGGCCAAGAACUUCUUGAUAUGAUUUGUCAAAGCAUGAAUUUACUGGAGAAAGAUUAUUUUGGCCUCAUUUACGAAGACAGACACGAUUCUCGCAAUUGGUUGGAUCUCUACAAGAGAAUUAUAAAAUUCAUAAAAACCGAACCAUGGAAGUUUAAUUUCGAAGUGAAAUUUUACCCACCAGAUCCAGCCCAAUUGCAAGAAGACAUUACGCGUUAUCAACUGUGUCUACAAAUUAGAAACGAUAUUAUUACAGGUCGUCUACUUUGUUCUUUCGUGACACAUGCCCUUUUAGGCUCCUAUCUAGUGCAAUCAGAAAUUGGAGAUUAUGAUCCUGAAGAACAUGGAAGAACAUAUUUGAAAGACUUUAAGUUUGCACCUAACCAAACGCCCGAAUUAAUUGAGAAAGUGAUGGAUCUCCAUAAAACCCAUAAGGGUCAAACACCCGCCGAAGCAGAAUUGCAUUAUCUCGAAAAUGCGAAAAAAUUAGCUAUGUAUGGCGUAGAUCUUCAUCCUGCAAAAGAUUCGGAAGGCGUUGAUAUAAUGUUAGGUGUAUGCGCUUCAGGCCUUCUUGUUUAUAGAGAUUGUUUAAGAAUUAAUAGAUUUGCCUGGCCAAAGAUAUUAAAAAUAUCUUAUAAGAGGCAUAAUUUCUACAUUAAAAUUAGACCAGGUGAUUUUGAACAAUUUGAAUCUACAAUUGGAUUCAAAUUGGCAAAUCACAGAGCAGCGAAAAAAUUGUGGAAAGUAUGCGUGGAGCAUCAUACUUUCUUCAGACUUAUGAGUCCGGAGCCUGUGAAGAAAGUAGGAUUAAUUCCAUAUCUGGGGUCUCGUUUUCGAUACUCUGGAAGAACUCAUUACGAAACGAAGAAAACCCCUAUUGAUAGACAACCUCCGCAAUUCGAGAGAACUUUGAGUGGCCGACGACUCGCAUCUAGAAGCAUGGAUGCAUUAGGUGGGCCUAAAUCAGUCGAAACAUAUGGUUCCGAACCAAGCAAACGGCAUACUAUGAGUUAUGAGCCUGAGACACUUCCUGAUGAUAUAGAACAUAUAGACCGACGGCCUAGUCCAAUCAAGAAACAAAAAGAGAAGCUUACACGAAAAACAAGUGCUGGAACAACAUCGGCCAGCAGCACCAGUAGCCUUGAAGGAGAAUAUGAUGCGGAUCGUGGCAGAAAGAAACCGGUCGGAGGAAUAGCUGUCCUACCGCCCGGUAAUCUAUCAAAGAAGAAGAAGGAUAAACAGAAUGAGAACGAAAAAGAAAAUCACAAUGAUCUGAAUAAUACUGAUUUAAUUAAUGACAAUGCCCAUCUUGAUAAUAUAGAUGAUAAAUCAUUGUCUAAAAAAGAAUUGAAAAAGAAGGAUAAAGAAACGCCUAAAAAAGUUAGUAGAGAAAAAAAAGAAAAAGUUAAGAGUCCUGUCGGCGGUUUCCUGUUUGCGAAAAAGGAUAAAGAUAAGAAAAAGAGCAAAGAACUCGACGAAUCUGUGGACAAAAGUGAUGUCGAAUCGAAUCUUUCGGUGUUGGAAAAGCAAGAAAAAGAAAUCGAUAAAGAAACAGAUACGGAAAAGAAACAAGAUCCUACAAAAUCUCAAUUUCCUGGUUACACGAAACCUUACGAUUAUGAAGAAACGGAAACUUCGCCCAAAAAGCCGUUCACCCCACACGGUUUUACAUAUGAAGAUCGACCCGCAUCACCAGGAAUACAAGAUCAAUCAUCACCUACUUCAGCUAGUCGGAAAGCAACAGGAUUGGCAUUUAAUUAUGCUCCGGGAGAAGAGAAAAAGGUAGUGGAAUCUGCAGAAAAGAGAAAAACAAAAGAAGCGGACAAGCAAGCAUCAGGAUUAAAGACACCUGGGCUUAAUUAUGUAGAAUCUGCCGCUCUUAAGGAGCAGCAAAAGAGUGUUACAAAAUUAGAUACUGAUAAGGAUCAAACAGCGACUUUUAUCGCUGAUGAACGUGAAGAUACUAAUCAAGCUGUAAUAGUGCCGCCAUCAACAGAAUUUAAAUCAGAUUAUCAUAUUUUGCCUCUUCCCGAUGGUUCAAGAUUUAUCGGAGGUAUGGUUUAUACUAAAGAAGGUAAACUAUUAGAUCAGAGUAAUCUUGGACCACAUGAUAGCAAAAUAAUAGACGGUAAAAUUUAUGGAAAAGAUGAUAAGCUAGUGAAGAAGGCCGAUUUCGGACCACAUGGAAUUCACGUCAGCAACGGUAUAAUUACUGGAAAAGACAAUAAACCUUUCUAUCAGGAAAUAUUAGGUACGGAUAGAAAUUUAAUAAAGAAUGGCAUUAUUUAUUCUCCCAACGGUGAAGUAGUAAAACAAUCUUUCCUCGGGCCGAAUCAUGCAACAGUAAAAGAGGGAAAAAUAUUAUUAAAGAACGGCAAACCGGUUCAACAUUGUCAAUUAGGUGCGGAUGGAACAUACGUGAAAGAAGGUCUCAUCUUUACAUCUAAUUCCAAACCUAUGACUCAGGGAUCAUACGAUACGGAUGAUAAAUACAUAGUUGCCGGUAUUGUAUAUAACGAAGAAGGCAAACCUUUGACGCAAUUUACAAUUGUACCUGACGAUACAUUUAUUUGUGACGGUUUAAUUCAUGGAGGAGACGGAAAAUUGCUUAAUGCCGGGAAGCUAGGUCCGGAAAGUCAUACUGUUAUCGAGGGAAAAAUUUACUCGAAAGAUGGUAAAUUGAUCAAGCAUGAAUCUUUUAGUUCUGACGGAUCUAUCGUAAAAGAUGGUAUAAUUUACUCGAAAGAUGGAAAAUUCUUGACUCAAGGAUCUUUGCUACCAAGUGGUGCUCACUUAAAGGAUGGAAAAGUGGUUGGCAAAGAUGGCAAGCCUAUUAAGCACGCGUUUUACAAAUCCAAUGGUAGUUUCGUGAAAGACGGUAUGAUAUAUGGAGAGAAUGGUAGAUUCCUGAAUCAAAUUCCAUUAAUAGCUGAUGGUCAUUCUAUCAAAGAGGGAUUAUUAUACGAUAGAAAUAACAAACCACUCUCUCAAGGUCUUUUUAAGCCCGAUAAUCUUAUUAUUAAAGAAGGUAUAUUGUACAAUGCAGAUAAUACAAUAAUGUCGAAUGUUAAUCUCGGAUCUGAAGGAUUAAUAGUGAAAGAUGGCACUGUUUUAAGCAAAGAUGGUAAACCAGCAAAACAAGAAUCGUUUGGUUCCAAUGGAAGCUAUAUAAAAAAAGGUAUUAUUUAUGCGAAAAACGGAAAGCCGCUUAAUCAGGAUUCAUUAGUGCCCGAAGGUGCAGCUAUUAGGGACGGUAAAAUAUAUAACAUGGACGGAAAAUUAUUAAAGUUCUCAUUUUUCAAACCGGAUGGUAGUUACAUUAAAGAUGGUCUUAUUUAUGGCGGUGACAAAAAACCAUUGAACUUGAGCGCAGCUUUGCCGGAAGAUAGUUUUAUCGUUAACGGAAUAAUAUUCAAUCAUACAGGACAACCGUUGCAUAGAGAAUCGUUUGGAUCUGAUGGUUCAUACGUAGCAGGUGGAUUGGUUCACGGAAAAGAUGGCAGAAUCGUGUUGCAAGGCGUGUUUGGUCCUGACGGUAACACCAUUCAAAACGGUAUUAUCAUAGGUAGAGACAAUAAACCUUUAACACAAGACGAUAAAGGUCCAGACAAUCUAGCAAUUAACAAUGGGAAGAUUGUGGAUAAUUACGGAAAUCCGAAAAAUUUACCCUCGUUAGUACCUGAUGGAUGUUAUAUACAUGAUGGAGUAGUCUAUGAUAAAAAUGGACAAUUACUGAGACAAGGUGCAUUUAAACCGGAUGGAUGUUAUAUACGAGAUGGUCUCAUAUAUGGCUGGGGAGGUCAAUUGCUGAAUGCAGGAUCUGAGUUACCUGGUGAUAGCUACAUCGAGAAAGGUAAAAUAUACGGCAAAGAUGGGAAGCCUUUAAACCAUAUUUCAUUCGGUAUCGAAGGUAACUUCAUCGAAAAUGGCAUUAUUUACGGAAAAAAUAAAGAAUUGCUCAAUCACGGUACAUUUGGCGAUAAUAGUUAUGUAAAAAAUGGUUUGUUAUACGGGCCAGAUGGAAAGCCGUUAAAUAAAAGACGAACCAUAAUUACCGUCACAUCCGUUCGUUACGGCUUAGUGUGCGAUGAUGAUGGGCAACCACUGAAAUCCGGCAAUUUUGAUAAUGACGGUAAUGUAAUCAAGAACGGCAGGAUUUAUGAUCGCGCGGGAGGAUACUUUAAUCAAAACAUUUACGGUAAUGAUGGUAGCUUCAUUAAAGAUGGUUUAAUUUACGGACGCAAUGGAAAACCUCUCUCUCAGGGAGCUUUAUCACCAGAAAACAAUUUCAUAAAAAAUGGCAAAGUUUACAAUGUUAAUGGUCAGCCGCUAACUCAGGAAGCAUUUGGAUCAGAAGGUCUGAAAGUUAUACAAGGAAUCGUGGUAGAUAAAACUGGUAAACCGAUAAAACAAGCGAAUUUUGAUGAUGAAGGAAAUGUUGUCAAAGAUGGAAUAAUUUGCGCGCCUACCGGAAAACCUCUCGACAAAUAUUUUAUAACCAUCACAAUGGUGCGUAAAGGACUUAUAUGCGACAAAAAUGGAAAACCGAUCACGCGAGCACCGUUUGGAACCGAUGGUAGUUUCGUUAAAGACGGCAAGAUACAUGACAAGUUCGGAAAGCUGCAUAAUCAGGAAUUAUUUUAUGAAGAUGGAUCAUACGUAAAGGACGGUGUGAUAUAUGGAAACAAUAAUCAACUGAUGGAUAGCACGACGAUUCUGAAAGAUUUGCAAGAACCACCAAAGUCCAUUUCCACGAAAUUGAAAAAGCCCGUAAUUCCGAUUACGACACCAACAAUCGUGAAAACGACAACUAAACAAUCGGUAGUCAAGGAUCAGGAAGGCGUGACGCAAAAUAUUCAGGAAAAGAUCGAGGAUCUUACACCAGGUGGCACAGGCCAAGUUACAGUAUCUACUCACGUCAACAAGGCAGAAACAUCGGAUGAUGGUAGAACUCCAUAUAUGACAGCAACAGCUGUUACUACUCGUACUGCCACGAUGCAUGAAGAUCUUGAAAAGAACCAAAAAACAAGUCAGGUAGAAGAAAAGACUGUAGCACAUACAACUGCGACCAGUGCAACGAGGCAAGAGCAACGAGUAGUAACGCAAGAGGUUCGAACCACGAGUCAUGUACUUUCUGGCGAACAGCUGUUCUCACGAAGAUUAAGUACAUCGAGUUCAAGCAGCGGAGAUUCAGGCACACCGAUUGAUCUUGAUGAUGAUCAACAAGCUUUCUACAAUCAAUAUUAUCAGGGAGAUCCAGCUGUGAUUGCAACUGAGAAGCAUGUUUAUACAGGAGAACCAGAGAGUAAUGUGACAACAACGACUACGGUACCCGUAGUAACAACUGAAACAAGAAAAGUAGCUCUCGAGAGUGAAGAUGGUAACUAUAGCGCUACAGGAGAAAUAGUCAGUACACAGACUAUAUCCAGUAAAACUCGUACUGUUGAAACUAUAACGUAUAAAACGGAGAAAGAUGGCGUAGUUGAGACACGAGUGGAACAGAAGAUAACGAUACAAUCGGAUGGUGAUCCGAUUGAUCAUGAUCGAGCUUUAGCAGAGGCAAUACAAGAAGCCACUGCUAUGAAUCCGGAUAUGACAGUAGAAAAAAUCGAAAUACAGCAGCAAACAGCACAGUAAUUAUUUGGAAAAUAAUCGUCACAUACAUAUAAAAGGGCACUCUUGGUCUACAAAUAGCACGAACAAUUCGUUAUCUUAGAGACUAGAAAAAUAUAUUGGUAUUUAUAAUACAUAUUUUAUGUUGCACGCAUUGCUGGAUGCAUCAUGAAAAAAACUAGACUGAAGUAUGCUACCAAAAACGUCGAUAAAUCUUUAAAUAUUCUAUAAAGUUAAUAUAAAGCAGAAGAACAAUAUUAAGCUUUAUAUCUUCUUUCCUUAAGAAGGGCAAAGAAGGCUUUUGCUUAUGGCUUGCCCAAUAACUCGAGCUUAAACUCAAUACAAAAUUGAGUUUAAUAGUUGGAAAUGAUGAAACAUUGAUAACAAUUUUUUAAUGAAGAGAAUGGUAUCUCGUAUUAUAUAAACUCUACAGUGUUCAUAUAUUGAAAUGAUUAAGAAAAUAUAUUUAUAUGCACGAAAGUAUAAAUAAAUCUUAUAAAUAUAAUGUAAACAUAGCUAUGUAUAUGUAUGUAAACAAAUGGAUAAGCUAUUUAUACAUAGUUAUGGCGAUAAUUAUAUAGAUAUAAAAGACAUAGGGUGCCCUGCAACUUAAAGUUUUGAUAAUGAGCAUUUCAUAACAGUAAAAAGAGAAAUUAUUAUAUACCAUACAGAUAAUAAUCUAUACACAAUGCAAUUAUUGAGACAGUUAUUGAAACUUUUACAGUAAAGUAAAUAUUGAAACACUUUAAAUUGAGUAAUGUUGCAAUUUUUGUAAUCAACCAAAUCUAUUAAAAGCAUGUUCUCCUCUAUCUGAAUAUUUUCUAUUCUCUAAUACAAAACUUAUUAUUUUCUCUUGUUCAUCUUGUAAUACUAACCCUAUUGUAUUAUCUAUUGUAAGGUUUAAAUACAAUAAGAUAUGCUUUUUAUAAAAUAUAUGUAUAGUUUGACUCUGAAUGAAAUUCAUUUGAUUUUCUAAAAAAAUGUAGUUACAGAAUCGAAUAUUAUGUGACAGAAUCAAAGUAAAAAUACACACACAAAUAUAACACGUCUCACACACACAGGAUAAAUUAUUAGAAAUUGCCAUUCUCAAUAAGUUCUAAGAUAUAUCUUAAAAAAAAUAUUUUAGAAACGACAAAAUU